UAGCACCAGAUUCUCUUGCUAGGACGGGGAGGUAGGGGGCUUGCGCGCGCGAUCUUUGCCCGGGAGAGAUCAAGCGGCUUUCUGGGUGUUUUCUUUUUGCGAAGAUGGCGGUAGAUCUUUCUGACUGGGACGUAUCCCUAGAACUCUUGGAGGUGGAUGAGAAGCCGGCGGUUCCUCUUUCGGUCAACUACGGGUCGGUGGAGAUCGACGAACUGGGCAAAGUCCUCACUCCCACCCAGGUCAAGAAUCGCCCAACAAAGAUUGACUGGGAGAACUGCAGUGCAGAAAAGCUCUACACUUUGGUCCUUACUGACCCUGAUGCACCGAGCAGGAAAAACCCAAAGUUCAGGGAGUGGCACCACUUCCUAGUGGUUAAUAUGAAAGGCAAUGACAUCAGCAGCGGCACCGUCUUGUCAGACUACGUGGGAUCUGGACCACCUAAAGGAACAGGGCUCCAUCGCUACGUGUGGCUGGUCUACGAGCAAGCCCAGGAGCUGGAAUGCAAUGAGCCCAUCCUCAGCAACCGGUCCGGGGAUAAACGGGGCAAUUUCAAAGUGGAAAGUUUCCGCAAUAAGUAUAAGCUGGGGGCCCCCGUGGCAGGAACAUGCUACCAGGCCGAGUGGGACAACUAUGUGCCGUUGCUCUACAAUCAGCUGUCUGGGAAAUAAAACCCCGCCUCUUCCAGCCCCCCACCCUCCCCCUGCUCUGAUUUCUUCUCCUAGAACGGAGAUCUUCAGCCCUCUACAACUCCCAUCAUCCCUGACCAUAGGCUAACCUGGCCGGGGCUGGUACGAGUUGUAUUCCAAGAGGGGUACAAAAUGGAAGGCGGCUGUCUUUAGAACUCCCAUUUCCUGUAGUGUUAAGUAAAGUGGGUUGAAGACUAAUAAGUGACGCCCCCGCUCCAAGCUGCUCCUGAAACUCAAACAGGGAUAGAUAGAUUCUGCUGAUUCUGCAAGGUGAUUGGCCAUACUAGACAGUUUCUUGUGGGGGACAGUCAGAAGUGCAGUAAAUGAAUUUGUUACAACAACAAAGGAACUGUGGCAAAACAUCUCUCUUUUGUGGUCCUCCGCAAAAGUUUGUGUGUGUGUGUGUGUGGCAUUUUGGCUGUUUUUGGAGCGGCGUGGUGACAUUUUUUGGGGUGGAGGGAUGCACAGAAUUCGCACACCUCUAGAAUCCUCUUUGCUGCCAACCUAUAUAGAUUCUCACAUCCCUCAAAACAGCUCCCAUCAUCUUAUAGCAUAAAUUCUGGGGGUUUAAACACUGUGGUCAGCAGCAUGGAGCUGCUGAUGAGUUUUCCACCCUGCUGUUGAAAUUUCCCUACACCACCUUGAAAUGCAUAGGGGCAGUGUCCCCCCCCCCUCCAAAAAAAAAAAAACCAAAUCGCUCUAGGCUUUCAAAUAUUCAUAAGCUCAGCCCAGCCCUGUUCCAAGGUGGUCUUUUCCUGGGACUGUUGAGUUACUUAGCCCUGAAUUCCUUGCAAGCUAUGAAACGGGGAUUUCAAAGGGAGUGGGACAACAUUAAGCAAGGAAUUGCUGGCUGUCCAGUUUUUCUCGGGAAACCAAACCACAAACGCCAUUUUUCUCCUUAAAACCAAAAAUUGUUACACUAAACCACAAAUGGGAGCCUUUUUUAUUUGCAUGUUGGAAGUUUUCGUUUUGAUCCUGUCGCUGCUCUCUCGCUCAGGACAAGUGCUGACAGCAAGGAGAAAGACCAGCAGCAGAGUCGGGGACGGAAAUGUGGGCCUUGGGCAGUGCCAACCCUGCGGCAGCUCCAUCGUUUGUGCUUAAGAUGCUGGAAGGUGCCUCUCCCUGGGCUUUGGUCCUCUGCUUAUAUCCUGGCUAUCUUUAGUUUCUCUUGGUAUAUCCACAGGAUCCCAGUGUCCUCAUCAGCAAUCGAUUUUAGAAAUUUCUGCUUUCUUUUGUCCAUGAUGUGUUUUUGAUGAGGUUCACCCCACUGCCUUCGGUCUCAUUUUGCCAAUAUACCGGUAUCUAAUGUUGGAAAUGUUUCUCCUCUGCCCCCCCCCUCCAAAAAUGUGUCACUUAAACCAAUGUGUAACAAAGGCCUUUUGAUGUUCUUGGGAGAUCUUUGAAUGCUGCACACAUACAUUGUCACUUGUGUUUAUAGCCCUCUGUUGACAAGGGGCUGUGGUUUAUGCUUUGUUCUCGUUCUUUGAAUUAAAAGCUUACAAUUGAA